UGACGCUUUACAGUAAGUCCAACAUGGCAGAUAGAGUAGGUCUUGCACGGUGACUAAAGCAACAUUUCAUUAGAAACGGUCGCUCCAAACUCCACAGGGCCACGGGACGUCCACGAUGAGGGAGAGACAGAAGAAAAAGAAGGGGAGGACGUGGGCGGAAGCCGCUAAAACGGUUUUGGAAAAGUACCCUAAUACGCCUAUGAGCCAUAAAGAGAUCUUGCAGGUGAUCCAAAGAGAGAGGCUUAAAGAAAUAAGAAGUGGAACCUCACCCCUGGCAUGUCUGAAUGCUAUGCUGCACACAAACUCCCGUGGUGAGGAGGGGAUCUUCUACAAAGUUCCAGGCAGAAUGGGAGUCUACACAUUAAAGACACAGAAGGACAUCUCAGAGGUGGUGAAAAAGCUGUCAGGGGAGGGCUCUGAUGAGAUCAGUGACAAUCUGUCGGAUUCCCGAAGCUCAGAGAACAGCAGCACCGUUCCUCCAGAAGCCAGGAGAGGCAGGUGGAUGCGAAGAGUCCCCUCCAAGCUGCAGUCACAGCCGUCAUCUCCACAGCCACAGUGCUCAUCGCCUCCUGUCUCCUCCAGCAAGCUCAUCUCUCCCUCUCAGAAGCACAGCAAGAAGGCACUUAAACAGGCCUUGAGGCAGCAGCAGCAAAGGAGUCAGCGCAGACAGGGUGGCAUGCCCGCCAUCUCCAGUUCCAGGCUGCUACUAAAGACCAUCAAAGACAUGGCAGAAAACAUUACAACAAAGAGUGAUUUGUGCCACCCUGUUGUGCCCAGAAAAGUCCCCCAAAGGUCUGGUCGUCUCAGUGCAGGGCAAAUAAAGCGUACAAAGUGUAAAAUAGACGUGGAGACGCCAGACUCCAUUUUGGUAAACACCAACCUGAGAGCACUCAUCAACAAGCACACCUUCUCAGUGCUGCCUCCCGACUGCCAGCAGAAGUUGGUCAAACUCCUGCCUGAAGUCGACCGACAGGUUUGCUUGGACGGCCUUCUGAAGGUCACCAGCUCUGCUUUAAACAAUGAAUUCUUUGCAUCGGCAGCACAGUCUUGGAAGGAGAGGCUGGCUGAAGGGGAAUUCACACCUGAGCUGCAGCUCCGCAUGCGCCAGGAAAUUGAGAAGGAAAAGAAAGUUGAGCACUGGAAGGAGGCUUUCUUUGAAAAUUAUUAUGGGGAAAAUUCAGGCCUUAGCUACGAAGAAUCCAAAGAGCUGAUAAAGCCUGAAGUGAAAAAGGAGCCCGUCAGACGCCGGUCUCCUGUUUGUCAGACGAAGCCGUCUGCUCAGGCUGUGGAGGACAAAAAGAGCAUGAGGGACUGCAUCAAGACUGAUGCUACAGAUAAAGACAAGAAACCAACUGAGAAAUCACUGGAACCUUCAAAGGAGCUCCCCAAACUUAAAGAGUCCACUCCUACCACAGAGCCCAUGAAGACACGGCGGUCCCUUUAUGCAGAGGAUCGAAAGUCGACCACGGUUCAACAGGCUGCAAUGACGACGGCCAUAAAAACACCAGAAGCUGAGAGUCCAACUGAACCAAGUGCAGCAAGUACGCUUAGUGAAGAGCAGCACCAAGAGGAAAAGGAAGAGAAGAAAGCCGAGCUCCCUGAGAAACCUGUGGAGAAAAGCCCCCCACUCAAAGCUACUUCACAUGUAAAGGAUGAUCAGCCUGUUACUGUGGAUAAACCAGCCGUGGAUGACCAAGAGGCGUCCUCAGAGCCCGGCUCAGACGCCCUGAAGAGAAAAACACUUUACGAGACAGAAGGAGAAGUGACACCCGAGAAAAGACCUCGUCUGUCUUCCGUUUCCUCCGUGUCCUCAGUCUCCUCUCCAUCUCCAUCAGGAUCAUCCAUAUCCAGCCCUGCCACGCCAUCUCCAACAAGUCAGAGGGUCCCACCUCUCAAGAUCCCAGUGUCACGAAUUCUUCCCAGCCCGGGCCGUACAGGACCUCGCACUUUGGCUGACUAUAAAGCCAAAAUGCUUGCCCAUAAACAGAGAGCAGCCGCCGCCGCACUUUCAUCUGCGUCAAAGGGGCCGGUGCCAGGCCCCGGGCCAGGGGGAGGUAGCAGUAGUGAUCAGAGGCAGCCAUCACCCAGCCUCAGCCCAACCUCCCCACAGGCACACACCAGGUUACCGGCCACCAGCAGUAGCAGCAUCCCAUCUGGUGUGCUUUCUCCUCCGCUCAGCUCAACUCAGUCACAGACGCCUCUCUCAAAAACAGCUGAUGAGAGGCGCGGUAGCCAUUUUGCCGGUACAGUCUUUACAGGGCCACCAAGCAUCCAAAGGAGUUCAGAUGCUUCAACAGAACAUUCAUCUUUUCUGGCUGUGAAGGAUAAAGAAGCCCCACAAAGUACUGCAUCCCUAACCAGAACUAGUUCUUGCAUUCCUGCAAACAAUCCCCUUGUGACUCAGUUGCUGCAAGGAAAAGAAGUCCCACUGGAUCAGAUCCUCCCUAAACCCCUAUCCAAGGUGAGGGGGUCAAACCCGGCUUCUGAAAAUAAGGGGAAAACUUCUCAUUUUGCUGAUCCUAGAGGAGAUAGGCAGAUUCCUCCACAAACCAAUCCAUCUGGGCGAGGCCUAUUGGAAUACACCAAACACCACAGGGAGCUUCCUGAUAAGGAGACCCAAGAGCAGAUCCUGCAGACUCUAAUGCAGAGGAAAGCUCAACAACAGACCCAGCCCUCUGGAGGUGCAGCGCCAAAGCCCACCCAGCAUAAAUUCCAGCAUAUGAUGCACGCAGAGGAGUGUCGGGGUCAGUCCAGGGUUUUGGUUGGCUUUCUGGGCCAAAGGAAGAUUCCCAGGCCUGCCAUGACCGGGCAUUACCUGCUCAAUGUGUCCACAUAUGGCAGAGGAUCAGAGAGCAAGAAACUGCAGCUUUCAGUCUGUCCCAAGAACUCUGUGUCUGGUUUAAAAAGGGAGAACGCAGAAAGAAAGGAGACGGGUAAAAACGAGGAACCCGUCAAAGAUUUCACGUCCAUUAUUAGGGUAAAAACUGAGCAGCAGGGAUGUUCAGUUACCAGGUCCAACGACGCAACACGGCUUCAGCAUUGCUCCAGCGUCAAAACCGAGCCUGGAUCCGAAAACAAUGGAGCUGGUGGCGACAACAGCAAAGCCAAAGACACCAGCCCUUUUUCUCCGUCACACCGAAGUCACCUCGAACUCUGCAAUAGCAAUCAAGGAAACUCUGAGCCAUAUCUUACUCCCAUGGACCCAAGUCACCAGCCGCCGACUGCCUUCCAGAGAACGCUUGACAAUCAGGAUUCAGCUGUAGCCUCCGGCUACGGCGGCACUAUCAGCAUGUCUGUACCUCACACUCUGAACCACAACACUGCGGGCUCGUCCACGUCCUCAUCGGAGGUGGACGGCGGGGGAAUCUGUGGGAGUGUCAUGUCAUUCUCAGUGACUGUCACCACGAUACCCGCCGGUCACACGUUAGACCACGGCAAUCAGGCUGAGCCCUCACAGGAGCAGUCAUUUAUCCAGGGCUCCAACAUGGAGGACGUCCAGUCUAAAUGCUACUGCCGACUGAAGGCAAUGAUCAUGUGCAAAGGUUGUGGAGCCUUCUGCCAUGAUGACUGCAUUGGCCCUUCUAAGCUGUGUGUGUCAUGUUUAGUGGUACAGUAAUAUGAACUUAACAAUAACAAAGUAAUGUAAUGGUUUCAUUAGGCAUGGGCCGGUAUGAACAACAGGACCCUUUUCAGAUGGGAUCAACCAUUAAAUGGCUGUUAUUAGCCUUCAUUGCUCCCAUGGAACGACCUCUGGCUGCACCUCCUCUACUAGGCCUGAAACUAUUUUAACGGAUUAAUCGAGUAUUGAAAGAAUCGGCAACUAAUUUAGUAAUCAAUCGUUAAAUGGCGUAUAAAGACUGUAAAACAUGUCUUUAGCUG